GCGGCGAACUGCCGUGCAGUCGGUGACGCUCCGCGUCAAGUGACAGUUAUGCGAUGAAAUCCUAACUUCCAAGAACUAUGUGAUGUAAAAGUGAUUUUAUUGUAUAAUAAAACAGAGACUGUGAAGUGAGAUGUUCGUAACAAACACAUAAACUUAACUUCAUUCAAACUUACUCAAUCGUGACUUCGCCGACUCGAAAUGCAUGCAUUCCAUCGAGAUUGUUGAACUUUAUUUUUUUUCGUAGUGCCUUUUUGAUUCUUAUCAAGUAUGGUUUAUUAGUUUUUACAGUGGACUAUAAACUUAUCUAUACUGUUUUUUUAUAAAUUGGUGUUGUGCUAAAACUUUUGUUUUACAAAAGUUAGACCGACGCGGAUUGCCGAAACAGUCAAGGCUUACCAGAUUGUUAAUUCCGGUUGCAUCAACGGAAAAACCUUGGGGUUUGCUGCCAACUUUACCGCUGUCACUGACGUUUCUAAACUGACGAACGAGCGAAGGAAGCCUGCACUUGUGUGAUGUGCCGGGAACACCACAGGGAAGUGCACUUGGAGGUCACCUGAGUUCCUGAGGUCUCGCUCAGGGGCUGGAUGAAGCGCCAAGAUGAAGUUUUCUUCAGGAUCCAGCUCGAGCAGUCUUGCCAGCGACUCCCUGUCGCGGAAGUCGACUUUAUGCAUCUACACCGACGUGGUGGACGCCCCAGCUCCACAGCCGCAUAUCGAAAGGAUGGAUAGCAGUUCCGAGGCGAUGGAGUUGCGGCGGGAACUUGAUGCUGUGAAGAGUGCACUGCAGCAGCAGUCUGAAUCAGUAUUGAAGCAAAGGCAUCAACUCGUGGAAGCAGGGCAGGCCCUCGCCGCACGAGACAAGCAAGCAGUCCAGGAAAGGCGUCUUCGACAAGACCAGUUGGCCUUAGUUCUACGCUCACUAGUCCUCCUUGAAUCCCGGCUGACGCGGGAACAAAGGCAAAUACAUGUGGCCUUAAAACAAAAGGAAAAAAUAAUUAAAACCCAACAAGAAGAAAUAAAUAAGCUGAAAACGAGAAAGUCUUAUUGCAGCAACUGCCAACAGAUACUCGGCUUCACGAGUGAACAAACCAACAUUGAGACUGACCCAGAAUUUCAGAGCUUAGAGAGUACGGAUUCUAGAUUUCAGAACACGUUUGUGAGGAGUAAUAGUUAUCGCGAAAGAAAUUCUCCACCGGUUUUCCAAAAAAAUACUAGACUAAGUAAAAGCUUCCAAUUACCCAAACACGAACUCGUUUAUGGAAACACUAGUUCUAGUGAAGAGGGAAAUAAUGUCAGUGUCUGCAACAAAGGCACUUUUAUCAAAAACAAGCAAGCUUUCAGUAGACGUGAUGUUUUCCGGAGAUCGAGAAAAUACUCGGGAAGAAAAAAUAACACCCAGAAAGGCAAUAAUCAAGCCAAUAACAGCAGCAGCGCUGAGGAAUGCAUGGGGAUGAGCUAUCAAGUAAAUAAUGAUGACAACGAAAUGACGGCGAACCAAAUUGCUAAAUAUAUAAGGAGAGCGUCAGAAAAAAUUGACCAGAUUAUUGGAGAGGCUGUCAAGAAUGAUCAAACUAAUAAUUUGAGUGAUUCGGAUAAGACUUACUCAACUAAGAUCGAGAAACUACAUGGGAUCAAACGGCAAGCAUCUGACGAAAUAAAGGCUAAUAGACAAAUGUUCCUUAGCAAUGUUUUGAACGAAGAAGGUAACGAGAAACCAUGGUACUGUAAUGUAAGUGAUCCCGAACAAGAUACAGACUGCCACAUAGGUCUGCUAAACAAUACAAAAUCAAAAUCCACCGAUGAUCUUUUGGGCACUGAUUUCAAUAUAAACAGGAAGCAUGGCGAAAGCGUGUCCACUAAAAAUGAAAUACUUUGCAAUAAUCUUAUGAAAAAUAACUCGAUCGGCAGAUUCAGUACUGGUUUUGACGAGAAAAAUAAUAACCAGACCGGAUUAAACAAACAAAUUAUAAAUGAUAUAAAUGAAAACUGGUAUGCAAGCACCAGCGAUGCUGAUGAUACUCCUUCAAAUGAAAUAUAUAAAAAUAAUCCAGUUUUAGAAUGCGUGAAUCAAAUUCUGUUACAAAAUUCUCUAGACGACAGCAGCAACGACAAUUCGAAAUCUAGUGAAACACCAAGUCCUAAAUCAACAGCUAAACGCGUUCAGUUUUCAACUUUAAAUAGCAUCACAUAUGAUGACAAAGUGAGAUCUAAUGGAAACAGCCAUACGUUGCCCCGUUCUGAUAAAAGGGCUAAUAAAAUUGUAAAAUUCAGUUUAGAAACAGCUUCCGAACAUAGCUAUGAAGUACCAAACACAGCUCAGGGCUUCCAGUAUGAGAUACAAAGUAUCUACAGUAAUGAGUAUGAACCAAUUAUUACCAAAAGUGCUGAACCAAAACCUGUGCCAUCAAUACGACAACUAUCUAUAAAUGAUAAGCCUAGCGUUCCUAAAAUACGAGGCUCCAUAGUUAAAAACAUGACGGCUAAUAUUGAAAAUCGUAACAGUGAGAAAAGUGACAGUGAACUCGGGUCUAUGAAGAUAUUCAACAAAAGGAAAGUGCCACGCACUCCUCCUGCACUGCCUCCUAAACCAAAGAAUCUAUCAGCAAAAUGGAAAGCUGAGAAUAAUGUCAAACCAUCGACAGAAUCAUUAGACUCUGAAGCCGUUGCGGCUAAUCAACGGGUUGCAGAUGUUAAGUUGAGAAAAGUGGGACAAGUAGCAGCUAUUAACAACGUAGAACCGGACUACUGCUCCAUUUCAGAGAUAAAUGUUCCAGUAGUCAGUAAUGGUAAAAGGGAGUUGCUACUCACACAGCCAACGGUAGAGAUUCAUAAUGAACAAUACCCUAUUCAUGCAACGAGUCAAAGGAAUAGUGUGGCAAAGGUGGUAUCCUUGCCACGAAUCCAAAAUAAGAUCAGUGACAAAGACAUUCCAAAACUUCCUCAAGUCACUGAGAUCAUAAUACCUGAUGAGGACGAUAAGCCUAAUCAAGAGCAUACCUUCCAACAAACUACAGACAGUUACUUGACUAAUUUCAAUAUUCAUCCUCUGCAACCAAAAUUGGACCCUCGUGCUUCAAUUCAAAUGGGAAAUACAGUGUCUUCCAUCCUGUCAGAAAUUAAUAAAGGAGGAAAAAGUGGCAACAAACAAAUCAACUUGACUGAACUAGAUCAUCAGUUCAAUCAUGGACCCGAAAAAACGCAAAAUGCUAAUGCUGAAUUGAAUAAAGCUGAAUAUUUUGAUGACAUAGAUAAAUUUGACUUGUCACAAAAUUUUGAAGAAUUCAAAAUAGACGAUGAGCUCGGCAGCAUCGUUGCAGAGGAAUACAGGAUCAGCUCUGGGAGCAGCGACGGCUCUGAAGAUGUUGUCACAGAACAUCUAAACACCAAUGUACCUGAUAAUGAAAUUCAGCCGAACGCUGCUAACAAUAAUGAUAAUGGGAAAAAUGAUACAUUUCUUGACCCAGAAAGUGCCUUAAACAAAGCGUCGGCAAAAAACGCAAAAUUAUCAAAUAAACCUGAUCUCCUUUCAAAUAUAGAGAAUUUAGAGACUGAAUCGGUGAGGAAUUCUGAUAUCGAGUCCAGCAACUCCUCCGGGAGCAACAGUGGCUCUUACAACACAGUCAAGUGCGAGCCCAGGAUGAUUUUAAAUAAUAACAAUCCUGAGAUAAAUGUAAAUAAAACCAAGGGACCUUUCGACUUCUUCCUCGAGACAUCUGGUCUUAGUACUAAGUCUAUAUUUUCGCCAAGCAUGAAUGGUAUUCGGCCGCCUAGGCCGCCCAGUGCUAACCAUAAGAAUGUACUGAAGCCUAAAGAUAUCAAAAUGCGAGUGAAAAAUCCGGUUACAACGAACAAAAUCAACGAAAAACCUAUGUUGACUGCUAUUAAAUAUUUUGAACCUUAUGUUUAAGUUUAUUUUGUAGUAAUACUUGUUUUGUUGUAAACAAUGUUAUAUUACUUAAUAGAAAUGUUUAUUUAUUGUAAAAUGAACUUGCCUGCAUAAUAUUAAUGUACUAUAUUUAUACUGGUGUAAAUAUUACAUUCUAUAUAAAUAUUUUUUUUUAAUUAUAAAACAUUUAACAAUUUAAAA